UCUUCUGUCAUAGAAUCAAUACUGUGUAUUGGUUCCAAGGCAGAAGAGCAAAAAGGGCUAGGAAGAGGAGUUAAGUCAUUUGCCCAGUGGCACAAAGCUAGGAAGUAUCUGAUACUAAAUCUAAACCCAGGGUCUUUUGCCUCUAGGUUUGGCACCCAAUUCACUGAGCAACUGUGCAGUGUGAACACUAAGUACAUGAGUUUGCAAGUUACUUGCUAAAAUGAGUGAUAACUACAGAAAAUUGGUGAUAACUCAUUUAGUCAGAAACUUGUGAAUUCUUUGAAGAGUUCAUACACACAGACACUGUUCAUUCAGAAAACUGUGAACCUUUUUGAUGAGAAAUUGACCUUCAGAAAGUGAUAACUGGUUCCCACAAACACUGCCACCUGGACAGUGCUAAACAAUUUGGAAGCUAUGAUUGGUCCCUGUGAAAAGGGGAAGAGAUAAUAACCUACUAUAAAAGGUCCUGAAUUUCUUGGCCUCAAGAAGGAAGUCAGCUUCAAGAAGAAAGUCAGCUCAAGGAAGAAAGACGGCCUCAGGAAUCACCUUCAACUCCAGUAAUUGUCUUUGCCUGCCUCUUGGAGGGAACUUGGGAUCCAUCAAUAAUCUUCAGGGAAUGUUCUUUGAUUCAUAUGCAGUAAACAAUGUCCCACUGUCAAGGACUUGUUUAAGACUAUUAAAUUAGCAUUGUCCAAGAGGAGGGACUUUUUAGCCAUGAAUGCCAAAAAGGAUCAAAGAGAAAAGUGUGGGAGCCAAGAUUUACACCCCCUGCAUGCCUUUGUGAUGCUAAGUAUGAUUGUGGUGUUACUUCCAGUCAUUGGAACGUCCAAACAAAAUAUUCCAAGACUCAAACUCUCAUACAAAGACUUGCUGCUUUCAAACAGCUGUAUUCCUUUCCUGGGUUCAUCAGAAGGGCUGGAUUUCCAAACCCUGCUGUUAGAUGAGGAGAGGGGCAGGCUGCUGCUUGGAGCAAAGGAUCACAUCUUCCUGCUCAGUUUGGUUGACUUAAACAAAAAUUUUAAGAAGAUUUAUUGGCCUGCAGCAAAAGAAAGGAUGGAAUUAUGUAAAUUAGCUGGAAAAGAUCCUUAUACAGAAUGUGCAAAUUUCAUUCGAGUUCUUCAGUCUUAUAACAGAACUCAUGUUUACGUGUGUGGCACUGGAGCCUUUCACCCAAUAUGUGGAUACAUCGAUCUUGGAACACAUAAGGAGGACCUCAUGUUCAAACUGGACACUCAUAAUCUGGAAUCAGGCAGAUUGAAGUGUCCCUUUGAUCCUCAGCAGCCUUUUGCUUCAGUAAUGACAGAUGAGUACCUCUAUGCUGGAACAGCUUCAGAUUUUCUUGGAAAAGACACUGCAUUUACACGGUCUCUUGGCCCUUCUCAUGAUCAUCAUUACAUCAGAACUGAUAUUUCAGAACACUACUGGCUCAGUGGAGCAAAAUUUAUUGGAACUUUUCCCAUACCAGACACAUACAACCAAGAUGAUGAUAAAAUAUAUUUCUUCUUUCGUGAAUCAUCUCAAGAAGGCAGUACCUCUGAUAAGACUAUAUUAUCUCGAGUUGGAAGAGUUUGUAAGAAUGACGUGGGAGGGCAACGUAGUCUGAUAAACAAAUGGACAACUUUUCUUAAGGCCAGAUUGAUUUGCUCAAUUCCUGGCAACGAUGGAGCCGACACUCAUUUUGAUGAGCUUCAGGAUGUUUUUUUACUUCCCACAAAAGAUGAAAGAAAUCCUGUAGUAUAUGGAGUCUUUACUACAACCAGUUCCAUCUUCAAGGGUUCAGCCGUUUGUGUCUAUAGCAUGGCUGAUAUUAGAGCAGUUUUCAAUGGUCCAUAUGCUCAUAAAGAAAGUGCAGAUCAUCGGUGGGUCCAGUAUGAUGGAAGAAUUCCUUAUCCACGGCCUGGUACAUGUCCAAGCAAAACAUAUGAUCCAUUGAUUAAGUCAACAAGAGAUUUUCCAGAUGAUGUCAUUAGCUUUAUAAAGCGGCAUCCUGUGAUGUAUAAAUCUGUAUACCCAGUGGCUGGAGGACCUACUUUUACCAGAAUUAAUGUGGAUUACAGAUUGACACAGAUUGUGGUAGAUCAUGUUAUUGCAGAAGAUGGUCAAUAUGAUGUCAUGUUUCUAGGAACAGACAUUGGAACUGUACUAAAAGUCGUCAGCAUUGCAAAGGAGAAAUGGAAUAUGGAAGAGGUAGUGCUGGAAGAAUUGCAGGUAUUCAAGAAUCCUUCAUUAAUCUUGAAUAUGGAGAUGUCUUUGAAGCAACAACAAUUGUACAUUGGUUCCCGAGAUGGAUUGGUUCAGCUCUCUCUACACAGAUGUGAUACGUAUGGGAAGGCCUGUGCAGACUGUUGCCUUGCCAGAGAUCCCUACUGUGCUUGGGAUGGAAAUGCAUGUUCUCGAUAUGCACCAACUUCCAAAAGGCGGGCUAGGCGGCAAGAUGUAAAAUACGGAGACCCCAUCACUCAAUGCUGGGAUGUAGAAGACAGCAUUAGUCAUGAAACUGCUGAUGAAAAGGUGAUUUUUGGCAUUGAAUUUAACUCAACCUUUCUGGAAUGUAUUCCUAAAUCCCAGCAAGCAUCUAUUAAGUGGUAUAUUCAACGAUCUGGAGAAGAGCAUCGAGAAGAGCUGAAACCCGAUGAAAGGGUCAUCAAAACUGAAUACGGGCUGCUGAUUCGCAGUCUGCAGAAGAAGGACUCUGGGCUGUACUACUGCAAGGCACAGGAGCACACAUUCGUCCACACCAUCGUGAAGCUGACUCUGAACGUCAUAGAGAACGAACAAAUGGAAAAUAGCCAGAAAGCGGAACACGAGGAGGGAAGGGGCAAGGAUUCGCUGGCUGAGUCUCGCCUGAGGUACAAAGACUACAUGCAGAUCCUCAGCAGCCCCAACUUCAGCCUUGACCAGUACUGCGAACAGAUGUGGCACCGGGAAAAACGGAGGCAGAGAAACAAAGGGGGCGCUAAAUGGAAGCACGUGCAGGAGAUGAAAAAAAAGCGAAAUCGCCGGCACCACAAGGACCAUGAGCAGCUUCCUAGAGCCGUGGCCACGUAGUCCUUCCUCUUUUUUCUUACAGAAAUGACAUUUUUAGCUGCAAAAAUAAAUAAAGACUGCGAUCUAGCCUUCAUACUUGUGCAUAGUCUCUCCACAAGGAGUUUUCCUAAUGCACAAUAACAGUAAUCUGGAUGAGACUGUAAUGGGAAAUACAGGCUGCCUGAGGGGAAUUUAUUAAUUUAAAACCAUUUUGUUCCAAACUGACAUGAUGAAUUUAAGCGUCUAGAAUCACAGAUGAAAUUUGGAAUUUCUUUAAGUGUGUUUUCUAGUUCAGUGUUUUAUUUAAUUAGGUCAUAAAAAUAAAUGAGCUAGGCAGAGAUCCAGUUGAAUCAUUAUCAUAUUUACAGUGGUUCAUUUUCCUUGGAUAUCCUCUAAAUAAGUCGGUUUACUGUGCAUUAGUGCUAUGCUGUUGUGAACAAUUCAUUCCACUCUUAAGCUAGCUUUGUCAUGGUGGUGAGUGGAAUGAUUGCAGGGCACACAACAGUCCACCUUAUCAAUAAGAUCUUCCUGUGAGUCAGGCACUGCUGGAGCAUAUGUUACACAUUUGGGGAGGUACAUUAAUUCUUCCAGGCCACGAAGGUUCCAUUAAGUUCACUGGAGCUCUGAUUUACUAAAGAGCAUAAAUAUACCUCCCAGGAUUCCUAGCUCUUAACAGGGAAGAGCCAGGAAGAUAUGUGAUUUUAGAGCAUAUGCUCAUGUAUAUAGGGACAGAAUGGUUGAGGAACUGUCAGGAUACAAGGUGCUAGCUAUUUAAUAAAAUAAGAUAAUAAAUGUGAAAUAUCAUAUAAAAGAAAAAACAUUAAAUUAUCUCCAAUGCUCUAAUGUAUAGGCAUACAAAUGGGAUUUGCAAGCCGACAGAGGAAAAUACAACCAUAAAUUUUUGGCUUCAGGGAAUAUCCAUUUCCCUAUAAAAGAAAAGAACAAUCACAAAUUAAAUGGGAGAAAAGUAAUGGAGCUGUAUUCACUAGGGCAUAAGUAGUUGCCAAUUUGCAAUCCAUCUGCUAAAAAUGAAAUCUAAAGUAAAACAAACUGCCAGCAUCAUACUGGAGAGUACAUCUUCUAGGGAAUCAAAGGAUGGAUGAACACCAAUUUUAUUAACAAUGGAGUUCUGUACUUCCUCCAUUUCUCUAAAUUUACCAUACUCUAUGUAUUAUUACCAUUUGUUGUAACAGUUCUCCCUCCUUUCUCUUCUUUAGGUUAGAUUAUAUUUAAGAGUGGGCAACUAGGAAGAGUUAAAAAGAAAAUAAUGGAUGUUCAGUUAAAUAUUUGGUGAUUGGCAGAACCAAUGCACAAAAAUAUAACAAACAGAAAGAGUUAGAUAACUCUUUGACUUUUUUCUUUUAUGGUGACUUUUUGUAUUUGAAAUUAUGUGUUGUAAUUCAAACAGGAUUGUCCUAAUUCUUUUUUUUAAAUAAAUAAAAUGUCCAUGUGUAGAUAAGGAAAAUUUUACAUUUGAGAUGAGCAGGUUUUAAUGUUUUUAAUGGCAUUCUGUAAAUUCUCUUUUUUGCUUUUCUUUUUGAAUAUGCAUGUGUGCAUAUGUCUUUUUUUGUAGGGGACAUACCUUUUCUUAUCCUAGUUCACAAACACCCUUAGCCAGCCUUCCUCUGUUUUGCUUUUUCAUGCCUUUUUAAGUGUGAAAUGAAAAAUUAGCCACUUCCUUCCAUUGAAUGAAUACCCAAAUGACAGACUACUUCUUUCUCAUGCAUUUGGCAUAUCUUGCAGGGAAGCCUGUGGGAAAGCCCAUACCAUUAGAGGGCAUCUCAUGAGGACUUGAACCUGUCCUCUCUAAUUUUGGCUUCCUGAUCAGGAAAUUUCUUCUUUCCUAUCCUCAUUUUUAUCAUUGUUGACCUAUCUCAUAUUUACCAUGCUGUUUUAUGAGAUCAUUUAUUACAUUUUAAUAUAUAUCCUAACACAUUUGUGGAUGUACUCAAUAAAGUCAAAUUUUUUUUAGCAAAACUCAGAAAUAGAAGAAAAACAAAAUCAACUACCCAUUAGAAUUACAGAAAGAGUGCUCACUUUAAAAAAUAACUGUUCAUUUCAUAACAAGAUAUUUUGUAAUUGAUGAACUACUGGGUUAAAGUUUUUGAAAGUAACUUAUAGGCCAUUUUAUUUUUUUAGAUAUAUCUACAUAGUUUAUAUACAAUAACAAUUAACAGUGUAAAUGGCGAUGAGAAAUAUAUCUUUAAAUAUUAGGGGUAAAUAAAUCCAAUGAGUAAUUUUUAAAAGUUAUUUGGCUUAAUUCAGAAAGAAAAGCUUUUCCAAUCAUUUAAAUCACUGUAUAUGUAGUUCCGUUAUAAGGAAUAGAAAAGUUUCAAAGAUGUUAACUUCUGGUAGCUAGUUAAAAUACAAUGGAAAUGCAAUUAGUAAAAUAUUAAUGCCACAUAAUGUAUAACCAUUAACUGAUUGUAGAAAUUUUCAGGCUAAUGAGAUCAUCUGUCAAAUAAUACUGAUUUUAGCUAACUCCAUUUGGUUCAACCAUGACAACAUGUAUAUAUGUAAUAUAUUUAUGUGUCCAUAGAGACUUAUUGAAAUGAUUAGAUAUCAUCACCCUUUAAUUAUCUUAAAAAAGGAUUCCUUUUUAUAAUAGAAUUUAUUGCAACCAACAUCCUUUCCCACUAAAUCUUUUUUUAGAUCUAUCAAAUAACUGAUCAAUCUGUAAUUUUCUCUCCUUUCCCUUCUUUUAGAAUUUUAGUUACUGUUAAAUAGACAAAUAUGAACAGGAAAAGGAGUAUAAACCUCCACAAUUAGUUGAGUGAAAAUCAUUUUGCUUUUGAUAUGUCUGUAAAGUACUCCUAUGAUGGUUUAUGGUACCAGAAAGGUGACUGGGUUUUCAAAGAGGGUAGCAUAAGAUCAUGUGUUGUUGAAUGUACAAAACAGCAAAACAGUAUCGGAAAAAUUUCAGAUACAAGCCUGGCUGUUGAUGGAUUGACACUUGUUGUCAGAGAAGGCCCCCUGUCUAAGUCUGGAGAUGAUUAGCAUCAGAAGGUUAGCCACAAAGAGUUUUUUUUUUUUUUUGAGGAGGACCAUAGCAAGUUAUUAGACAGUAUACUGAGACAAGGAGACUUUAUAAUCUGCAAGGGGGUUGGGGGUAUUCACACCUAUGACUGUAAGAAAUUGUGUUCAUCUUGAAUAUAUUACUUUUUAUGAGCUCUAUAAUGUUUAAUUUGUAUUCUUCACAAGAACCAAGACACAUUUCUAGUCACACAGUAAGCAGGUAAUCAAUAAAUACUUAUUGACUGGGGGAGUAAAUGUAACUCUCAGAAAAUGGUAAAUUGUUUAGUUUCUUCACAAUGUCUUCACAACUAGUUGGAAGGGUUUUGUUGUUGUCAUUGCUUGGUUUUUAAUCUAUUAGUUUUCCUACAUUAAAAAAAUUAUUCUGGAUUUGUUACUUCCCACCUAUGUGCCAUGACAAUUUCAUCCUUCAUUCUUGAUUUCUUCAUUUGGAAAAUUAAUUAGGUGACCUUUAAGGUCCCUAUGCGUUCUUGAUGUAUUAUCCCAUUAUCCUAGUUCAAUCAAAUUUGUUAACCGAAUUUACUGAAAUAGGAUGCUCAAUUGCACACCGACUUAAAGGUAGGAAAUUCCAAGCACUACUUUCUCUGCAAAAUUUCAUAUUCAGAUCUUCCCAAAUACAGAAAGGGAAAAAAUUUCAUAGCUUAUAAAUCUGGUUGUAUUAUAAAGGUCAUUGCUUUCAGAUUUAAAUAACUGAUGCUACACCUGAAGGUCUUAAGAGUGGAUGAAUUAUUAGUCCCAUUUUGAAGAUGAGGAAACAGAGACUCAAAAAGGUCUAAGAAGGACCUCAAACUCAGGUCCUAAUGCCUCUCCACUUUACUAUGCCAAACUUCCCAUUCUAAUUAGCUUUCACUCACAGUUUAGCAUGGGACCUUGGAAGAUGUAACAGACUCUAUUCUAGGGACUUUCUGGUCUCAAAACCCUUUUGUAUGCUUAAAAUUAUUGUGGACUCUCCCAAAGAACUUAGAUUCAUAUCAGUUAUAUCUAUGAUAUUGAUAUUACCAUAUUAGAAAUAUAAAUAUCUUAAUACAAAAGGAUUUGAUUUCCUGGACCCCACUGAAAUGGUGGGAAGUUCCUAGACUAUAUUUUGAGAUCUCCUGCUGCAUACCAUUUCCAUUUUUUUCCCAAAGCAUUGUCUUACAUGCUAGAAAGAUAUUUAAUCAAAGUUAAAGAAAGGUAAUGGCAAUAUUCUAAAUGACAAUAAAAACACUCGAUGCAAUGACAGUGAACUCAAUAAAUGUAGCCUUUUUUACUAUUUUAGGUUAAUAAACUAAGUACCUAAUUAUUAUAUUUGAAACAUUCAUUAUAUCAUUAAUAGUUAGGAAUAAACAACUACAGUAGAAUCUUGAUUCCAUAUGGUAAUAUGUUGGCAACAAAAAAGCCUGGGUUUAUUUAGGGCUUCUAUCCAAUGUGGUAUAUUCAUGUCCAUAUUACACCUCACAUCAUUAAUAUACUGUAUUUUUAAUUUUGAGUAUGUACAUGUCAUAUAGAUCCAAAGACAGUUUCAUUAUCCAAGAGUGGCAAUGUUAGUGCUUUUCUACAAAGAUGACACUUGUGUUCAGCAUUUGGUUCAAUGAGCAUCUUAGAGGCAGAUAAAAGUAAAUAUUUCGGACUCAAAUGGCUAUUGAGGAAAAUAAUGUGAAUCAUAAAAUACUUAGUAGGUUAUAAAACAAAAUUGAUGCUUCUCAUGAAUUGGAAAAUCUGUAAAAACCUUAAAAUAAUGUGACUCUUUAAAACCAGCACUCCCAGACAUUGUCAGUUAUCUUCAGUGACUAUGUGAGAUUCAAAAAAAUCUAUGUUGUCAGUGUUCUAGGUCAUAUUAUAUUGGCAAAGCAAAUAAAUGUUUGAAGGGGAAAUGCAUUUCAGUUAUGAGAUUUAAAAAUUACAACCCUGUUUGCCUUUAUUUAUUUAUUUUUUGGUAAUCUUUCAGUUUGAAUGGUUUUAAAUAAAAGCCCUUAAAUUUUUUGCUUGGAGAAUUUAACAUUUUCCAGGUGACUUUCAUAACAUUUGAGGAUCAUUAGUUAAUAAUUUCAAAAACUGCAUAUCAGCAAAAUCAUUUCUCUUUUCUGAGACUGGGACCUAGGCAAGCAUAUCCAGAUUUAUUGUCAAAGUUCCAUAUUCUUCUCCCUUGUUCUUUACUGCUUUUGCAUUUUCUUGCUGCUCUUAUUCACAUAACUUAUGCUGCUAAAUGACAUUCUGUUUGAGACUUUAGGGGAUCAGUAUGCAUUAAAUUUAGGGAAUUUUAUAAAGACAGUUUGCUCAGAACAGACAGUUAUUCAGGCUUUGAAUUUAUGGGGUACCUAGACUCUGAGAAACUCAAAGCACAACACACAACAAUUUAAAACAUUCUUGAUAAGUAGCCAGAAUUAUCUUUAAGAUGGUUAAAUGGUGGCACAAAGGUUGAAGGAUCUGCUAAGGUUAUACUGGCUGUUUGCUAAAUAAGACAGUCUAAAAGGGAUUACCUCUAAGUCUUUUGAUACACUUAAAAGUGUAUCCCAUAGAGUAUUAUAGGUUCAAUACCAGGAAGAUUAGAUUAUGCAAGUUAAUAAAAUUACAAAAUUUCAAAGAUAAUUUAACAUUUUGCAAGUGUCCUUUUAUAUACCAUCAAAAAAUAAACUAACAUGCAUUAAUGCCAUUUCACUGAUCAAAAUAAAGUACAUAUUAAUAAAGCAUUCAAAUGUUUACCAAGUGUGAACAAGAUUGAAUUAUAACCAUUAACCUUUAGAUUUCCAAUUCUUAAAUAAAAUUUCUGAGCCAUCACAACAAAGUCUCAUUUAUGCUUACAUGACACAUUACAGAUUUCAUAGGGUAAAUGUUUUAUUUUUCUUUAUUCCUCGUAAUAUGCUAUAUAUAUUUUAGUAUUGUACAUAUCUGUUUUUGUCCCCUUUGGGAUAGAUGCUUGACAAUGGAUCCUCCAGGUCAAAAGUCAUUUAGAUACUUUUUUUUUUUUAUCAUGGUUCUAAGAGACAUUUUGAUGAAGAGAAAACAAAAAAAAAGUUUUAAGUUUUUCUGAUUGCAGAGUAACAAAUCAUAGGCCAAAUAAAAAAAAUCAGAAAAUAAAAGGAAUACCUCACAUGAUAUUUUUGUAGGAAUAAAUAUUUAUAGAAUAAUUUGAGAAAAAUAUUAGUGGGAAAGGGUCUAGGAUUCAUAAAUUUUCAUAACUAAUCACAUAAUGGUUUACAAUCUGUUUUGUACUUUUGCUAGAUUGACAUAAUGCAAAUCUUGUAGUCUUAAAAGAAUUGAAACUGUUACAUGUCCAUUUUGGCUCUAUUAUAAUAAAAGGCAAUUAUUGAAGGAGAAGUCUAAGAUUACAAAAAUAUUUGUUUGCAUUUUACAUGUUUCAUUUUCAAAACCCAAAGAUUAUUUGGGGAAGUUUAGAAUCAAGGGCAUAAGAAGAUUCUGGUUUUCUGUAUUAAGAUCCAACUGUCAGUGGGGAUCUACCUAGAAAAAUGUUAUAUUAUGUAAUGGAGAGUUUAUGGUUAACAUUUUAAAAGAAAUAAACACUCUUCAUGAACUUCUAUGACAGAAUUUUCCUAAUAAAAUUAAUGGAAUGGAAUUUUUGGAAAAAAAAUUUUACUAACCAAACAGUUCACAUGCAAUUUAAACCAUAGCAAAUCAUAAGGAAAAUAUUAACUUUACCUAAAAAUACUCUUUGAAUAUUACAUCAUUUUUAGCAUCGAAGCAAUUAAAGAUUUUGAUUAUAUUUAACUGCGGGGAACCAGCAAAUAUUUUUAUGAAUUAUCUCCUUUUACUUUGAGACCAGUUAGUGUAAUAAUCAGAGAAUUGAGAACUAGCCCUGGAAAUUGAAUGCAUAGAUACAUGCUGAUUUAGUGACUUUAGGCAAAUCAGUUAACUUUUUAAUUGUCCAAGCAACUGCUUAACUCCUUAGAAGUCUUGAGUAGUCAAUGUGUACCUUUGGAGGAAUCUUUCACACAGUGACUUCCUUCAUUGGAUGAAAUUACAGGUCUGGACAAAAAUUUGACUUCCAUUACAAAAACCAGGUGUUUACAAAAUAAUUCAUUAAUUUUUUCCACAUUCAGAAUACAGAAAACAAUUUUAAGUGUAGCCUUUUAAUUUGGGAGUGUUAUGAGUAGUUGUACAUUAGAGACAAUCAAGUUGUCAAAGGAUUACAGAUUUUUUUUAACUCAAGGCACCUUCAUGCACUAUCUAGUGUACUGAGGCCCCAGAGAGAGACCGAGGGAAAGAAAUCUUAUUGUUUUAUUUUUUUGUGGGGGGGUGAUGACAGUUGGUUGAGGUAAUGUUUGGGGUCAAUCUUUUAAGACCAGUUUCCCAAAGAAGGCCUCUCAACAGCAAAAAAUUAUUUCUCCCUAUACUAUCUGAAUUUUGUUUUUCAUUUUGUUUUGCUGCCAGAACUUUAAAUGAUAAAAAAAGGGAUUAUGGUCAAAGGGAAUCCUUUUAAAAAUAUAUUAGCAUAAUUGAAUAUGAUUUGAAUUUUCCAAUAUUACAUGCUCCUUCAUCCUUCUAUAGAGACAUCAUUUCAAUAAAAAAAUUAAUAGGGAAAAGAUUAUUUAUGCUGAUUUUUGAAUGAGGAAGUGUAAUUUUUGGAGCCCAGGACUGGCCUAAGUAGGGUGCCACAAUGAACAUUUGAGGACAAUGGAAGUAAAAAGGAGUCUGGGAACUAGGGGAAGGCACAUAGGGACAAAAGAGAAGUAAAGAAAAUGAAGUUGGUAGUCACUCAACAAGAACCUCUUAAUUGCCUACUCUGAGCCAAAUACUGCACUAAAUGAUGGUGGUACAAAGAAAGGCAAAACCCUGCCCUCAAGGAAUUAACAAUCUCAUGAGGGAGACAAUGUGCUACUAACUAUAUACAGUUGGAAAUGGUCUAUGGUGCAGAGAAAUGCCUUUACAUGCUGUUUUCCCAAUUUUGUUUACUGUGUUUCCUGUCCAUAUGUAACCUCUCAUUAUUCUCUAGGUUUCUUAUACAGAUUAUUUUGAAGAGCUCAGAAAUAUUUCAUAGCAUUCAUAGACUACUAUUUAUUUACCACUUUCUCAGUUCAAUGGGCACAGAUUAUGUUGUUAUAAAAAUGCUUCUAUUUUUGUUUUUGUUUUAUACAUUUUCUUCUGUCUUUUUCUUUUGGGGUAUAUGCUUGGUAAUGGGUCCUCUAGUUCAAAAAUAAUUUAGAUUUUUAAUUUUUUUUUAGCAUAUAUCAAAUUGUUUUACAUAAUGGUUGGAUCAAUUUAUGACUGUGUAUUACUAAAAUGCCUAUGACAAUGGCUAUUUUCAUUUGUCAUCCUUGCCAAUUUGAAAAAGUCUUAGUAUUGUAUUAAUUUGUAUUUCUUUUAUUAUUAGUAAAUUAGAUUGUAAAUUCUAA